AUGACUCAAAUCAAGGGCUCGCAAGCUCCGGCUGCAAACAUAAAGCGUGCCGCACAGCACCACCACCACCCCGAGAGGCGGCAUGUACCAGCUCCCGCCGACUACGAUACCUCCAACCCAAUCGAGACCCGCAAGUACCUCCACACAUAUGGUCUGACUCCUCCGGGAGUGGACACAUUCGAGACGCAGAGUGGAAGAUGCAAGGCAAUCUUGGCCUCGAGAAAGACACCCAUUGAGAAGUACCAGUACCUCUCAGUGCUGAGGAAUACCAACGUGAACCUGUUCUACCGCCUGUUGGCCGAGAACGUCAAGGAGUUCACUCCACUCAUCUACACACCCACUGUCGGCGAGGCAUGCCAAACAUGGUCGGAGCUCUACACACAGCCAGAGGGCAUGUACCUCUCAUUCGCGGACAAGGGCCACCUCCACUCCGUCAUCCAGAACUGGCCACAUGAGGUUGAGAUCACUGUCGUCACAGACGGCUCCCGUAUCUUGGGUCUCGGUGACCUUGGUAUCAACGGCAUGGGCAUUCCAGUCGGCAAGCUCUCCCUCUACACUGCCUGCGCAGGCAUCCACCCAAUGCGAACCCUCCCGCUCUGCCUCGACCUUGGCACCAGCAAUGAAGAGCUCAGGAACGACCCACUAUACUUGGGCAGCAGGCGGCCUAAGGUCACUGCUGAGGAAGAGAAGGAGUUCUUGGACGAGAUGAUGGCUGCUCUGACCGAGCGAUGGCCAAGCAUUGUCAUCCAAUUCGAAGACUUCAAGAACCCAUUCCCAUCGCUUGAGAGGUAUCAGGACACAUACACCAUGUUCAACGACGACAUCCAGGGAACUGGUGCCGUGAUCACUGGUGGCUUCAUCAAUGCUGUCAAGCAAUCUGGUGUUGCACCAAAGGACCAACGUGCCGUCUUCCUCGGAGCUGGUUCUGCCGGUGUUGGUGUUGCCAAGCAACUUACUGAGUUCUUCAUGAAGGAGGGCCUCAGCGAAGAGGAGGCAAAGAAGCGAUUCUGGCUUGUCGACUCACAAGGCUUGGUCACCCUCGACCGUGGCAAGCUUGCCGAGCACAAGCUCUACUUCGCCCGCGACGACAACAACGGCCAGCAGUUCAAGACUCUUCCGGAGGUUGUGGAGUACGUCAAGCCAACGAUCCUCAUGGGUCUUUCCACCAUCGGCGGCGCUUUCACACCCGAGAUUCUCACACGCAUGGCCGAGCUCAACGACCGCCCAGUCAUCUUCCCACUAUCCAACCCAUCUAGCAAGUCCGAGUGCACAUUCGAGGAGGCCAUCAAGUACACCAACGGCAAGUGCCUCUUCGCCUCUGGCUCACCUUUCCCUACUCUCGAGUGGGAGGGCAAGGAGCUCGUCCCAGGCCAAGGCAACAACAUGUACGUCUUCCCCGGCAUCGGCCUGGGCGCAAUCCUCUCCAAAUCCGUCAACGUAACCCAGAACAUGAUCUACGCCUCCGCCGAAGCCCUCAGCACCUCUCUCCUCCCCUCCGAAAUCGAAGACAACUGGCUCUACCCCGCCAUCAACCGCAUCCGCGACGUCUCCGUCGUCGUGACCCGCGGCGUGAUCCGCGCCGCCCAGAAGGACGGCAUGGACCGCGAACUCGCACUCCGCAACAUCUCAGACGAGGAGCUAGACGACUACAUCCGGGAACGCAUGUACGACCCCUUCACAGAACACAAGAAGGUCGACGAGGAGAUCAAGGAGCUUGCGGCGGAAUUUCAGAGGAAUGUGAUUGGAAGUGGAAGUGGGUCUAAUGGUGCGGCUACUACUGUUGGUGGUGCGGAAGCUGAGGCUGUGGCUAACGGUCCUCCCAGGGGAGAGCAAACGCAUGGCGAUGCUAUGACGGUGCAGGCACAGUAG